GCCACCUAAGGGGGUGAUCAGUGCAGGUGCGACACGUGUCUAAGCUUCCUGAAGAAAACUUCUGAAGACAACGAGGACAGAGACAAAAGCCAACAGAGAGGAUGCGUGUGUGUCUCCCAUAACUUCACUAAGAAAGACCUUUAGCAAGAACAUGUCAGAUUGGUUGACUUUUCUGAUCACAUGGAAGACACGCCUACCCCAAAUCACAGUGGAGUGUGUCCUGGACAAACCAGACAAGCAGCUCUGAGUCCAGGUGAGCAACAUCAUCCCUUAUCUUUUAGUCACUCAUCAUCGACAUCCGACUCUAAACACAGCCAGCAAUCAAUCUGAAGCCUCCUGCCCUGAUCUGCUCACUGACUCUGCCAUCCAUUGAGCCCAGGAUGGACAGAUACCAGGAAAAGGGGGGAGAUACCAUCCGAACCCAGCUGCCUUGAUGGAGCGGCCCUCACCUGCACGAGUACGCUUGAGAUGACGAGCAGCGACAGCGAGGCUCCUUUAUUGACAGACGGCCCUGUGCUCUCAGAAUGAGUGAAGAAGGCCAUGAGACACGUGGACCUUCAUAGAUUUAUAGCAUCAAUUACUUCUCUCAGUGGAGUGGCGUGAAGAGCAGCGUUCGUCCUCAGCUGCUGGAGCUCUGAUGGGAGGCAGUGCUGGCUCUGGCUGGGACUGGGGAUGCUGAACAGGGGGAGGGAGGGCCUGUUCGAGCUGGGACAGCAGCUCCAGCAGCAGGGGGAGUACCAGGCCGCCCUCCACUGCUUCCUCAGCUGCCUGCUGGGACUGACCCAUGUGCAGACCUUCACCUCUCUGCCCAACUGCCUUCACCAGAUUGCAGAGCUCUUCAUCACUGAAAAGAAUUAUGGGAAGGCCCUCCAGUUCAUCCAGGCUGAAAAAAUGUUCUAUGAGGUGGCACUGAUCGAGCUCACAGCUCUUCAGGGCAGCACAGGGCCUCAGGAGGAGGCUACGCUGGGCUCUGCAGGAUGGACGUCCCCAGAGGAGCUGUCGGAGCAGGCCUCCCAGGCUCAGCACCUCGAGCGGCUGGCUCAGCUCUGCAUCAUGAGCAAACAACCUCACCUCGCUCUGGAAUACAGCGGUAAGGCUACAAAGAUCCACCAGAGGGCCUUUGGUAAUGACCACCCAAUCACAGCCAGGAGCCUGGAGCUUAUGGCCACCGUCUAUGCUGAGAUUGGCAAGACUGAAUAUUCAGACUCCCUGGGUCAGUGUGUGUCUGCACUGUCCAAACGCUUUGCUGCUGCAGAGUCCAUCAGAGACACUGUCAACUGUCUUCCUCACUCCCACCGGGAGAAACACUCAGAGGUCCGACACAGAAAGGACAGCCGCCACCAACAGGAGGACACACCGAAACCUAAGGUAGCCAAUGGCAAAGUCCCCACCUCCAUUCUAAAGAGGCCAAGUCCCAACUAUGGGUCAGAUGCGGAGCUGAACCACAGGCGGAAAGGCGAGCGGAGGGUUCGAUUCCGAGAGCCAGAGACCACGGUACAUGACAUCCCUCGCUGUGACUGGUUAGGUGCCUAUGAGACGACGCCGUCCCGCCCCCACCUCGCCCUCUUCACUUGCCUCUUCCUGCUGAUGUCAUUCCUGGGUGUGGCCAUGUACUGCACAGACCGCCGGCGCCCACAGCGAGUGUGCGAGGAGCUGGAGGCCGCUCUGGCUGUCUACCUGCUGCAUAUGAAGCAGCUGCUGUGGGGCUGCUGGAUAUGGCUGACCAUGCAGUGACUGAGACUGACCACAGGUGGAGACAUGGAGCCUUGUUUCAUUUUUUUCAUUCCCCUCUUCUUUUCCUUUUUAUCUUUAAAGACAAACACCUCAGCCGUUUGGAAAGGCUCCGUGCACCAUCUGCCGUGUCCAACCACCCUCAUGGUGAAAAAGGGAAAAACAUAUGAUCCCAGAAAUAUGUAGCUUCCAUGUCUUUAUGUAUAUACGUAUUAAAUCCUUAUUUAAAUUGUAAGGACGUUUUGCACAUCUGCAAUGUUGAUGCUCGCAUAUAACGCUCACUAAAUCACCCCACACGUGAUUCUUCAGUUCAUGUCAUAUUGUAUGUGAGUGAAUGUCCCCAUGGAAUGCAAAUAUUUAUUUUGUUACCGUACAUGAUUUGUGUAUAUCAGAUAUGACACAGAAGUGAAUGUGUAUAUAUGGCUCAGUAUACUAAGGUCUAUCACAGUAUUCAGCCUUGUAUUUGCACAUAAAUGAAUGUUAAAGAUGUUUGAAAACAGCUUUGAUUGGCACGGCGCACAUGAGGAGAAGGACAGAGGCGCAGACGUGCUAACAAUGAUCCGUGAGCAAGAAAACACAGGGCUGCAUCACUUCACAGGUUGAAUGACUAACAGAUGACAAACUCCUCUUUCUUUACAGGCAUUAUAUCGUCUGUGUGGGUGAAUGUCGGCUGGUUCCUCCUUCCACUGAGGAAGCACAAUAUUAUCUUAUCAUCCAAGAGAAUAUACUCUAACAGAAUGAAUGCUAAUGCUUGUGAUCAUGCUUCUCUUUAUAACCGCUUGAAUCCCACAGGAUAUCCUUUUCCCGAAAUGUUAUUUAUUCUUCUAUACUGUAUAUCUGCAUCUACGCAAAUAUCCAACGUUCAAUUAUUAUUUAGGAUUUUUUAAAACUUUUUUUUACCUGUUGCAUUUCUAUUUAAAAGGAAAACAACAAAAUUCAGGUUUCGAUCAUGAUGUCAAAUCCUCAUCAAGCUUCGGACAAGUGUAAAAAAAAUCAAGGAUUCACUCCUUGUAUCUAAAUCCAUUAGUUUUUCAGGCCAAAUGGAAACAUAACAGAAUCUUGAUGCAAUCAAGUAUUUAAAACAGACAGAUCACCACACAAAUGGAUUAUAGGGGACACACCUCUCAUUAUGAGCAAUAACACACAUCAAAUGGUUUCCAGUAUAACAUUCUUCUUUAUAUAUAUAUAUAUGUAUGUGUAUAUAUAUAUAUACAUAUAUAUACAUAUAUAUAUAUAUAUAUAUAUAUAUAUAUAUAAAACCUAUAUAACAGGUUUCAGGGAACUCAGAGGGAAAGUGAUUUGUAAGAUCUCACAUUAGAGCAUCAGAGCAGCAUGAGGUGAACGACGCCUGUGGAGAAAAAAGAAAUACUCUCAACUCUGUACUGUCAAAACUAAACUGUCAUUAGCAAUAAAAACAAUACCCAGUGAACUCAUGUCCUGUAUGUGCACAUUGAGCUUAGAGGCUGCAUUUCACCACUGUCCAAACAUUUACGGUUACACUUUGAAAGAAGUGCCUUUUUCUGGAGGGUUUUCUCAGUUCCCACUGUUUUUAUGAUUUCAAUUGUUUUGAAUAAACUGUCAUUGCCUAUCAAA